AUGACACGGGUUCUGUUCAGGGAGACCUCCAGCCCCUUUCUCCUGGCCGCAACGUUGCAGCACCACUUCGACUCCCUCAGCGCUGUGUACCGGUCAACAGUCCCCCGACUCAAGACUGGCUUCUACGUGGAUGACAUGGUGGUGGGAUGCAUGUCCGAAAGUGAUGCUAUGAAGGUCUACGAUGACGCCUGCCAAAUACUCAAGGAGGCCGGUAUGGAAAUUCGCAAGUGGACGUCAAACUCCGAAGCACUUCGCGAAGCUUUCCUUGAGGACGGUAUUUCUUAUGACGAUGCGUCGAGCGGCGACGCGGUGGUCAAGGUUUUGGGCAUCCUUUGGAAUAGAAGCACUGACCACAUCCAGUUCAACGUUGAGCACGCUCGAAACUUUGCGGGCUCGAGGUGCCCCACUAAGCGCGUAUUGCUGAAUACGUUUUCCAUGAUCUACGACCAGCUAGGUUACCUCUCGCCCUUUGUCGUCACAGCGAGGUUGUUAUUCCAAGACCUAUGGCGCAAGGACUGCCCUUGGGACGCCCCUCUCGGCGAGGAUGAGGCCCGCGCAUGGGAAGCCUGGGAGACCGAUUUGCCCCACAUAACUCAACUGCAUCUUCGACGUUGUGUCCUUCAAUCUGACCAAGAAGACCACCGUUUGGGGGUACAUUGCUUCGCCGACGCUAGUCCGAGAGCGUACUGCACAGCCGUGUACGUGCGCAUUAGUCCCAGGAACGGGCAUCCCUAA